CAUGAUCAUGGAGGAUCCAGCCCAUCCACUCCUCCAUUUCUUGUCUUUUAACUGUUCCACUUGUGCCUGAUUCAAAUAGAAGAGAAUAUCUACUCAACUCCUGAAAGCUCAGGAGCAAACCUCACUCGGAUCCGCAAUGGCCUCAGGCACUCCAAAGGACCCACGGUUGCGCUCAAAGACCAGCGUCGCGCCCUCACCACCGCUGUCUUUGUCAUCUUCAACAUCGACCACCACAAGAGCACACUCAGGCCCGACACCCUCCCCCUCCUCCUCCGCAUACGCCGUAUCUCACCUAGCCAGCACACCCCCAACUUCAGCAACAUCACCCGCAAGCAGCAGCUCUCAUAACACUCAGGCCUCGAGCAACUAUCGUCCAAGGGACGAUCGACGACCACGAGACGACCACCGAACUCGAGAUGACCGGCGACCUCGAGAAGACGAGCGUAACCGCGAGGAGUAUUCACACAGAAGACAUAGUUCGUCCUACGGUUAUGAAUCCAGCACCAGCACUGGGGGUAUCUCUUCCUCAAGAUACGAGGCAUCUGCAUCUACAGGAUCAGAGAGACCCACCUCUUCAUACAGACGUGAGCCUCCUCCGGAUCCGCGCCGUGAGAAGGACCCCCGAUACCGCGACCCUCCAGUAUUGACAUCAAUAUCUGCGUCAACCCAAAGCGCCUACCACCGCGGCAGGAGCCCGACUCGCUAUGCAGGCCAUAGGCCCAACGCCCGAGAUACAACUUCGGAGAUUUCGUCAUCUACAACUGAGGAACAGGCACCAUCUCCAGGAACGAGAUACAGGAAUCCGUUUGCGAGAUCACUGACAGCGAAUGCACUUGCGCCUGGAAUUGCAACGACAUCUGCCACAGUACCGGCAUCACCAGUGACAACAAAGUAUCCAUCAGCACUGAGCACAGUACCACCAUCAGCAAUGAAGCCGACGGCUCCUGUCGAAGUGCAGACGUCAAGAAGAUCGAUGUCAUCCGCCGCCUCUGGCCUGUCUGCUGUACCCAACGGAGCUGUUAAGUAUACUGCCCAUGAAGAGCGAAGGCGGGACCCUAGUCGACACCGAAGCAAGAGCAGGGUAAGAAGUAAGAGCAGAGAGAGAGAACAGGACCGAGACCGAGAACGAGACCGAGAACGAGAGAAGGAACGUGGGCGAGGCAGGAGUCGUUCGAGGGCGCCGAGCAAGGACCGCGGCCGAUCCAAGAGCAGAGCUCGCAGCAAGAGCCGUGCCAGGAGUCGAAGCAGGCCUGUGAGACAAGUCAUCAGUAUGGGCGAUUACUCCAACAAGCGACACAGGUCCAGAUCUAGGCAUCGUUACGCUGACAGCGACAGCGACAACAUUACGGCCAGCGAUAGCUACAGUGGCUCCAGCGGAAGUGACAGUGACGAUGACCGAUACAGUUCGAGACCGCAUGGACAUCGACACAGAAAGAAACGACGUUACGCCUACAGCUCGUCGGAGAGUAGCAGGAGUGACCUUGACACCUCUGAGGAGAGUGACGAUAGCGCACUGAAUAGCGACGUUCCAUUGGCACAGCACCGAUCCAAUCUACGGCCCUCCUCUCACGCUGUCCCUGAUUCUGAUCCAUCGACUCGACUCAACGGCCCUCUGAAGGAUAUCAUGACCAAGAUGAACAACCUGACAGAAAAAUGCACAAGGCGUGCAGACAAGCUGAGCAAGACGGUCAAGAAGCUGAAGGUCACCCAACGGAGAUACAACGUCGAGAUGAAGGAGUUGGAGAAGGAAAUCGGGAUGCAAAGGUCGUCAGCACCCGGUCCAGAGGCCCCGCAGAUCAUGUAUGCAGGCGCCAUACCGGUACCCGGCGCGCCUCGAUCUCGCACCAACUCGGUUCAAUCAGAGGUUAUUGCAUCAGGUUUUCAAGCCAGCGGACGAGCUUUAAGCGGAGUGCCAGUGCCCCCGUCUCUCAGACCUGUACCUCUGAACACUCAGCACAAGUCGGACAACGACCUGCAAGUGGCAUCAAGCAGUACGGGGAACAGCAGUAAUAGCGGCAUGGUGACAAUCCGGGUACCGCAAAUCCCCGACCCGGCAGUGCACAUGGCGUUCCCUCAUCCCCGUGCAGUUGGAUACAAGCGAGUUUUCGAAAGGAGCACAUAUGAUCUUCCGGUUGCGAACAGGCCAACAAUCGCUGUUCUUUCGAUUCUGAAAAAGAAUGUCGUUGAGCGAGCCUUUGGGACCAAAAGGCCCAAACCCAUGGCCCUCAAUCCAUUUUCCCAUCAAACCCAGUUCGACGGCAUUGCAGCGACAUGCUCUCUGGACGGUAAUAUCCACUUUUGGGAUAUCAAUACGCAGCGGUUGCUGUUGGCGGUGCCAGCGGGUGUGAACCGAGUGAUCCCAUAUGCGGAAGCCCUCACUUGGGUGUCUGAGAAUACAAUCGUAGCAGUUAGCCACCUGAAAAAGGGAUCCGCAUGGCCACAUCCGCCCUUGGAGGCUGCAGCAACCACGGAGCCGACGCUACUGUCACUUCCCGAAACUCAGACGAACCUCAUCAAGAUUUAUUUUAAUAAGGAGGGGAAGCUGAACUGUAGAGUCUUCAGUAUUACGUCCGCACCGCACUCGAAACUGAUCGGCAAUGUUACGGCGGUCAUGCGGGAAAAUCAUUCCCUUUCGUAUAUCACAUCGGGCGAAGAUAGGAAGUUGUAUCAUUGGAUGUUUAAGCCAGCGCCGGCAGAAGAGGAGGCUGCAUUUGAGCCAGAAGGCUUGAAUAUGAUCCACCAGCUCCACUCCAACAUCGUCAUGAGUACUGUGUAUUCUUAUUAUUCGAAGGCUCUUUACUCAGGAGGACAGGACGGCAAGUACAUCAGUUUCGACAUCGAGCAUAGCAGGAAGAUCAGGGAGUUGAAGCUCGGACCAGUAUCUUAUAUCCUGCAGAACCCUGUCGACCCAAGGAUCAACGCUGUCGUGUUGUUAGCCAAAUCACAGCAGUACCAUCUUGUGGAUGAGCGCACGAACCAGUCAGUCUUAACGAUGAGCUGCGACCAGGGUAGCGCCAAGACCUCGAAACUCUCCGCUCCCUCAUGGCAUCCCGAAGGUGGCCUGUUAUGUUCCGGUAGCAAUGAAGACGGCCAGAUCAAUAUUUGGGAUGUGCGCUGGAAUUGGAUACGAUACGACUAUACGCGACGACCCGGAUCAGGAGUCGUCACUGGAGACGUUGACUUUGAUACCGUCGUUACGUCUGGACACCGGGCCCCAAGACAUCCGAUCUUUAACCGACUGCCACGGAGAAGCUAUGCUCGGGACACGACAGCCGGACCGAGUCAGGUCUUGGAUUUUGGGGGAAAAAGAGUUGUCCAGGCUUGCUUCCAUCCCACCAAGAAUACGAUGAUGGUCUUGAAGGCUGACAGCAGCCUCACCUUUGCGGAGUACACUAUGCGGAGCGACCCAAUCACGGCUUGAACAUCUUGAACGUCUUGAACAUACACACGGGCUAUUGCAGUAUUCAACGACGAAAAGAUUUUUUUUUUUUUUGUAUUUGACAGGGCCAUGAACAAAUGUACUAUGGUAUUUUCUCGAUGAGAACCCCUUUUAGCCGAUUGAAUGGGCUUCCUCAAUUGAAGUUCAGUCGCACUUCAUCCAUGUAAACGGACCAUCGACUGGGAAAUUUAGUCGGUCGAACUUUACAUCUCGUUAAUAAAACAACUAAAACUCACCCGCACCAUACUAGG